AAGAGACUCAAACGGAAGAAACAAACCAACCAAAACCCCUCCCAAAUACAAAAACCAAACCAAUCAAAAACUUCUUUACUCGCGGAUGGCUCAAGCCUUGGCUCCACCACUCCCGGUGGUCACCACCGUCUCACCAGAGCCGCCGCAGCCGCCACCACCACCGCAGCAAAAGCCGUACGCUCUACAAUACGUGACGGAUCUUCUUGGCCGGAUCGGUAUCAAAGACACAGACAAAGAUGGCUCCAUUAGCCCACAGAGUCCGAGGAGCCCUAGAAGCCCAAGAAACUCUAUUCUCAUGGGGAAGUACGAGCUAGGGAAGCUUCUCGGCCACGGAACCUUCGCUAAGGUCUAUUUAGCACAAAACAUCAAAUCUGGAGAAAACGUAGCCAUUAAAGUCAUUGACAAGGAGAAGAUCAUGAAGAGCGGUUUGGUUGCUCACAUUAAACGGGAAAUCUCGAUCCUCCGCCGCGUCCGCCACCCUUACAUCGUCCAUCUAUUCGAAGUUAUGGCCACGAAGACCAAGAUUUACUUCGUGAUGGAGUACGUUCGAGGCGGCGAGCUGUUCAACACGGUGGCUAAAGGUCGAUUGCCGGAGGAAACUGCCCGGAGAUAUUUCCAGCAGCUGAUCUCCUCUGUUUCGUUCUGCCACGGACGCGGCGUUUACCACCGUGACCUUAAGCCGGAGAAUCUGCUCUUAGACAAUAAAGGGAACCUUAAAGUCUCCGACUUUGGUCUCAGCGCGGUGGCAGAGCAGCUCCGGCAAGACGGGCUCUGCCACACGUUUUGCGGGACUCCGGCUUAUAUUGCGCCGGAGGUUUUGACUCGGAAAGGGUAUGAUGCAGCGAAAGCCGAUGUUUGGUCUUGUGGAGUGAUCUUGUUCGUGUUGAUGGCUGGUCACAUUCCGUUUUACGACAAGAACAUUAUGGCUAUGUACAAGAAGAUCUACAAAGGGGAGUUUCGAUGUCCUCGUUGGUUUUCUUCGGAUCUUGUUCGGUUAUUGACUCGGCUUCUUGACACGAAUCCGGAUACUCGGAUCACGAUACCUGAGAUCAUGAAGAGUAGGUGGUUCAAGAAAGGAUUCAAACAUGUGAAAUUCUACAUCGAAGACGAUAAGGUAUGUAGGGAAGAUGAGGAAGAGGAGGAGGAGUCUUGUUCAUCUGGCAGGUCUUCGACGGUUUCGGAGAGCGAUGCUGAGUUCGAUGUGAAGCGGGUCGGGUCAAUGCCGAGACCAAUGAGCUUAAACGCGUUUGACAUUAUAUCUUUCUCUUCAGGGUUUGAUCUGUCUGGUUUGUUUGAGGAAGGAGGAGAAGGGACGAGGUUUUUGUCAGGUGCUCCUGUUUCAAAGAUCAUAGCGAAACUGGAGGAGAUUGCGAAAGUUGUGAGCUUUACGGUGAGGAAGAAGGAAUGGAGUUUGAGGUUAGAAGGUUGUAGAGAAGGAGCAAAUGGACCACUGACAAUUGGAGCUGAGAUAUUUGAGCUGACGCCAUCUCUUGUGGUGGUGGAGGUGAAGAAGAAAGGAGGAAACAGAGAAGAGUAUGAAGAGUUUUGCAACAAGGAACUCAGACCGGAGCUAGAGAAACUGAUGCACGACCAAGAAGCAGAAGAAGGAGAAGAAGUUGUAGUAGAAGAAGCAUUGUAUUUGCCAUCUGAUACUGAAUAGUAAAACAGAGGAAGGCUGUGAACAAGAAUACAAUAAACAAGAUUAUCACAUUCUUUCGUUACUAUUGAUUUUUAUUCAUUAUUCUUGUUAUAUAUUUACGUUGGGAAUUCUGCGUUGAUGGUGCGUGACUGGGAGAUUACGGAGAUCUUUAAGAUUCACUUCAAUCUUGUAAGCUAAGAUAUCUCCCUAAUCUCCCAAUGUAUGUGUAUGUAUAUAAAUAUGUAAGUGAUAUUGUAAUGUGAGUGAUAGGAAGAUGAGAGAAGGAAGAAAAUGCAAAAGAGUGAGAUAUGAGUAAUUUAUUCGGUUUUUGCUGGUUACUAUAUGGCCAGUUUUUCGUCAAUUUCUCAUAUAAUAUAGACAUGUAAUACAAGA